CUUGUCUCAAGAUGCUCUUCCGCCACAAUCAUGAUUGAACCUACUCCCAUUAUUGACCUCACUACCUCCAGAGCUGUAGGGACGUCGUCAGCAACACAUUUGAUCACUGCCAAAAAUCUUCAGGCUAUGCUAGAUGAUGCAAAAGCGGGACUCCGAAUAGUUAAUGCUCGUGCUGAGCUAUCCACACAUACUUGGGAUGGGAUUGAAGAAUGGGUUGGUGAGGAUGGCGCUCUGGGACUCAAAGAUCCCAAGAUCGUUGAGAGCGAUGUGCAAGCACAGAUCUCUUUCCUGAGGAAGCUCAAGUUUCUUUACCUGGAACAAAAUGCAAAGGAUAAAUAUGUGAAGACCAUUGUCAGUGACGAUGCCCCAUUGGUGACACCUGCACUAAAUGAGGAACUUCGAGUACGGAAUGAGGAGAAGAAGACUGCGCUACGUGAACACAAAGCGAAGCUAGCAGAAAGAAGGGAUGAUCUGCGAGCACUUUCUGGAUUCGUAGAAGAAGAUUAUAAGAAAGCGCAAGCCCUCACUCUCCAAGCAUCUGCGCUAUCACAAAAGAUACUCGAUGCACGUUUGUCGCUUACUCGCUUGCGACAAGCCCAUCCCCACCCUCGGCUCACAAUAACUACAGCGAACCAGCAACUCGAUGGCCAGGUAGAAGAGAUGCAAGCACUAGACGCGGAACUCGCAGACGCGCACGAGAAGAUUGCUACUGUACGAGAGCGCAUAAAAGUUGGGACGGGUCAGGUCGAGAAGCUGAGGAGUGUUAGAGCAGAGGUGGAAAAGGCUGUGGAAAUCGGUGCGGGUGAAAGAGUGGAAGACGGAAGAGUAGUUGGACUGUAUGAUUGGUUCUCAACCACAACCUCGACCCAUCAUGCGCUCGUUUCACUUCUCUCUGCACAUAGUGAGUCUGACAACGAGCUGCGCCUCACUUAUCGCGUGCAUGAGCGUGAGGUAUGUAUGACACUACUGUUCAUACCUAAUACGCGCCGCUUGGCCGAAGCAAGGGUGGAGGGCGUCGAGGAACGCGUAAUCGGAGACGUUGUGGAUGCACACGUCAUGGAAAACGAUGUAUCUGGGCUUGUAUGGGCUGUGCUCGCGAGAGCGAGGGCUACAUAAUAUCAUGCCUGUUGUCACUGGUCAUUCCUUGUUGAUACACAGGGGACAAUGUCACGUCUACACGACAGUCACUUCUCUACUCCUACGAGUUGUCUAUUACCUGGGAGUCAUCAUUCACGGUCGCUGCACUUACAACAUCUAAUAGACCAUGGCUUACCAUAAAGGACGGGCUGCAUAAUUCAGAUAUGACUCAGCAACGUUUAGAUUGAGCCGGGCACUGAACCUGCCGUCGGCCACACAGAGGUUAGGGAGAAGGAAAAAACUUGUUCCUGCGUUCGGGUGAGUACGGCGUGCCCCACGAGAGUGCAGGGAGAUUGGCAACUCUUGGGCUAGUGUUGUGGGCAGAACUGGC